UCAACCCCUUCACGUCUAAGGGUAAAACAAAUCUUAAAGCCUAAGUAAAACUUUACAAUGUUGACAUGUAUUAGUAAAAUUGUACAUAUCAUCACAACUACUUUGUACAUCCAGGUGAAUGAUACCUUGUUUUUUUCAUGAUAAAUUGGGCUUUCAUUUGGUGGUAAAUGGUAAUGGAUAUCCCCUGAUGUUUUGUUAUUAUCAAAGGAAAACUGACCCAAAAUAUUGUUUUUGUUUUUUUUUUUUCUACGAGGAGAGA